AGGAUGAAAUGGUAUGAAUAAAUUCAUCAAAAUAAUGUUUUUAAUGAAAAUAUGUCAAUCAUUAUUUGAAUAUGUUGGUAACCCGUUGUAUAAAAGUUAUAAUGCCCUUGAAGCCGGUGUUUUGAAGGGUAUAUUGGCACAAUUUGCUAACACCCCUGCCAAUAUACCUGCCUUCUCUGGCAUUAUCACUUAAUAUUAUGUCCUGUGUGCUUUAUAGCCUACAGUACAGGCUAUCAGUUGAAACAGGCUCUCUGUUUCCAUGUCCAGUACAGUAAGAUGUGUGAGGGGUGGAGGUUGACUUUGUUCUCUGUCACAGUUAGGAUCAGGGUGGAGUGCCGUUUCCUCCGUUGUUUCCUAGACCCCCUCCCCCCUUUCCUCUGUCCGAGUCACACAGCUGCAGACAGCCUACACACACCGGACCUCCACUCACUCUUCAGGCAUGCUUUUGACAAGAAAAUGGGUAUAGGAAGGAUCCAUUUGGUCACCUUUCGAAUCUCCGGGAUAAGAUCAACUGUAUUUCUUGCUACCAGGUGAAUGGAGUGAAUGUGCUGCUGUGUGUUUCUGGUAGUAUCAGUCAGUCAACCCACUGUGGAUCUGGAGUGUGUCGGCCCAGCACAGCCUGCAUUUAUCCUGCUUGAGUGGAUUUUAACUAACCUGCCUGCCUGCCUGUCGUGCUCUCCUUGUCAGAGGCAAACCAUUUUGCCAGAGCCUGCUGUGCCUGUGUGUAGGACAACCAGGGGAGUGUAUAUGUUACAGACAACUGUGUUUAGCAACUCAUUCUUUGGACAUCAUGAACUGAAUCCACUGGUUUUUGUAACUUCCCGAGGAGAUGGAUGUACAUGGUUUGGACCUGACCUCUGGACUUUGAUGUUUUGUCCUUAUGUGGCUUAGCAGCCUUCUGUGGGUCUCUGCACUGUCACAGCCGACCCCCGCCCCUCCCUACCUAGGGUGUUGGGAUUGACUAGGGACAAGUGUUUGAGUUUUUAAACACAACCUUCUGCUUCCUCAUGGCAUGCUGCCUCAAGUCCCACCACCAUGGAAGCUGGACCCUGACCUCUCACCCAGUUGAUGAAGUUGACCACCUGCACACCACGACGGAGGGAGAUGGGGACAGCACCCCUCUCCCAUUCAAGGGCAAGGGCAAGUUCUCUACCCUUGGCAAGAUCUUCAAACCAUGGAAGUGGAGGAAGAAGAAAAGCAGCGAGAAGUUUACGGAAACUUCAGAAGUUCUGGAGAGAAAGAUGUCGAUGAGGCGACCGAGGCAGGAGCUUAUAGAACAGGGAGUGCUGAAGGAGCUCCCGGAGAAUGAAGGGGACGAUCCUCACAGCCCCAAACAGCCCUACGUGAAGAAUGGCCACACCCUGCCUGUGGGUGGAGGUGGUGGAGGGGGCAGAGGGCAGGAGAACCAGACAAGACCCCCCUCAGACUCUGGGAUGAACCCCUCAGACUUUAAGAUUAACCCAGCCUGGCUGCCCCAGCCAGAGGACCGCAGGGUCCGCUUCCCCCCAGAGGUAGACCGCCAUGGGGACCAGGGUGGCCCCAGAGGCUCCGGACAUCAGGAGGAGGGCCGGCGAGGAGGUGGAGGAGGACGGUCCCAGGGGGAGGGGAAGUCUAACAUUGCCUGGCAGGGCAGGUGCAGGGGAUCGGGACAGGAGGAGUGUAGACGUGGGGGCAGACUACACCCUUCUGACGGAGACAAGCGGCCGGGCCUGCAGAAGGCGCCAUCAGAGGACGGAAGGAGGAGUCGCCCCUCUGAGACAGCAUGGAAGCCCGCCCUCCCCCGGCACGCGUCCGCAGAGGAGGGAAGGGCCCAUAGAGAAUCAGAUAGCCAUUUUGUUCCUGACCCAGAUUCGCUGCGGGAUACUCUCCGAGAGUUGCUGCCCCCCAAACAGUCUGUUAUGCCCCCCAAGUGGCUGAUGAGCUCCACCCCCGAGCCCGGCAGCGAAGGGUCACCCUCACCCCACACCCCAUCUAAUCACCCUGCAACCACAUACUCUUCCUCCUCCUCUUCUUCCUCUGCAGUAGCAAAGCCUGCCCGAACUGUCUCCUCUGCAGGCGCCAACACCCAAUCUUCAGCAAUAGUGUCCCUUGCGCCAUCCUCCACCCCCCAGGCGACCAAGCAGCCUCCCCUCCCCCUGCCCAAGCCCGUCAACAGGGGCAUUAAUGCUGCCAUGUUGGGCAACCUCACCCAGGCCGGUACCAGCCUUGUGCCAACUAAGCCCUCCCCACCGAUGCCCCCCAAGAGGACCACCCCUGUCACAAAGCGCAACCCGGAGGACCCUCUGCGUCCACCCAGUCUGUCCCCCCCUCCCCCCCUGCUUUCUCCUGAGGACCAUCAUAACCACUCAUUGGGCUUCCAGAUGCCUCCCCCGUCCCCGCCCUUACCCAACUACAUCCCCCCUUCUCCCCCCGCCAGCCUGCACGCGCACUACCUCCACCACCAGCACUCCUACCAACAUCCCAUCCCCCAGCCCUUGCUCUUUGACCCCCCAGCCCCACCAGUGAGCCCCCCCAGCAGGACUGAGGAUGACUACUCCGAGGAGGAUUAUGAUGAUGAUGAUGAUGAUGAUGAUGAUGAUGAAGAGGAGGAGUACGACGGGGAGCUUCCCCAGCCAGAACUGGAGCCACGGAGCAGGAGGUGCAUGGUGGGAGAGCCCAGCAUCAACAUCAUCCCCGAGGGGCCCAACAGCAGUGAGGAGGAGGAGGAGGAGGAAGAAGAGCAGGACCUGCAAAGGGAAGACAGCGACUCAGACGGGCCAGUGCUCUAUAAAGAUGAAAAUUCAGACGAGGAUGAGGAGGAUGAGCCUCCACCCAGUGCUUUGGCCAGCAGGGUCAGAAGGAAAGACACGUUAGCUUUGAAACUGAGUAACCGACACGCCCCAGAGAAACAUGCUCGAGAGGACAAGUCCAGCGGUCACACCGAACGACGCACUCCGGGACACACACCAGGUCACACACACCAAGGGUCAACAGGGCUGACAUGGCAGAGCAGGGAGCAAUGGGAGGCCAUACGCACACAAAUAGGCUCUGCACUCACAAGGCGUCUCAGCCAGAGACCCAGUGCAGAGGAGCUGGAGCAGAGAAACAUCCUUCAACCCAAGAACCAGGUAGACAGGCAGGCGGAGGUCAGAGAGAUCAAACGUAGACUCACCAGGAAGCUGAGUCAGAGGCCCACGGUUGCUGAGCUACAGGCCAGAAAGAUCCUGCGCUUCCAUGAGUAUGUGGAGGUCACCACAGCCAAUGAUUACGAUCGGCGAGCGGACAAGCCCUGGACCAAGCUAACACCUGCUGACAAGGCUGCCAUUCGGAAGGAGCUCAAUGACUUUAAGAGCUCUGAAAUGGAGGUUCAUGAAGACAGUAGGAUCUAUACAAGGUUCCACCGACCUUAGCAUCCACCCCAUACUGGAAAGCACUUACUUAACCAGUGGCCGGCAGAGUCUCUGGAGAGGAGUCGCAGGGUCUUGGUGCUCCCUAAACAGACUUCCCUUUUAUGUUGCUGAAUGUACUGUACAGAUCAUCAAGGAAGGCCCUGGAAUUGACUGAAUGGAAAACAGGGGGACUGAGGACCAGAUGCAGUAUUUCUAUCGGACAGUAGGGGGUACCAAGUGCCAACAAAGUGAAGAGGUGGCAGCGGGGCUUGACUGAGAGGGCUGACUGGGAGCCACUCUGCCGAUGUGUGUUAUCCUUCAGGGUUCCACUGACGACGACCUUUUGCCACCUCUUUCGAUGUUGCCUUUUUUCUGAUUUUACUCUGUAUGGCACAGUUAACCCAUGUUGCAGAGAUGUAAAUGUAAUAACAUUACAGUAAUAAUAGUCAUAAUAAUGACAGCUACAAUAAGAAACACAUUAAUAAUAAAUGUUAGAGACAAAGCUGCAGAAAGAGAAUGAGGAGGAAGACGACUGUGGGAUUUGCCAUUCCCAAAACUGGAAAAGCUCUGGGAUUUUUGUGUACUUGUGUAUAGAUUUCUGUGAUUUCUUAGACUGAAACUUGAGAGUUCUAAUAAUGACAACUGUAAUUAAUGCAUAAUAUUUUGAUCACAUCAGAAAUUACUGCUUUUAUUGAACCUGUUUUAUAGUGUGCAUUUUUACAUUUUAAUCAUUUAGCCGACACUCAUCCAGAGUGACUUACAGGAGCAAUUAGGGUUAAGUGCCUUGCUCAAGGGCACACCGGCAGAUUUUUCGCCUAGUUAGCUUGGGGAUUCGAACCAGCGAACUUUCGGUUACUGGCCCAACGUUGUUAACAGCUAGCCUGCCUUGCCUGUAUUUAUAUUUCGCUGUGACGUGGGGUGAGCGUUUGAGCUUUAACUAGUCAUAGGAAAGAACACAAUGAGGAGGUAGUUGGUGUGCUAUUCUUUUUUUUAUAUGUUUCGUAAUUUUUUUGCCAGGCCCUGAUCCCCAUGCUGACAGUAGAAUGCUGUUUUUUCAUAUCGCAGAUUUCUUCAUUUCGCUGCAUGAGCCAACACACAGUGCAAUUAUUGAAUCAACAGUUUUUUUUAUUUACGCUUUUUUAUUUGUGUUUUUUGUACUUCUCUACAUAGGUCAAACCAUGCAAUGCUGCAAAUAAUAGCUGUUUUAAAAUGCUAAGAUUAUGAUGAUGGCAUCUUAAAUAAAACAAAAGUUAAAAUGUUACAAAUCUUUACAGAAUGUAUCAAAGUCCAGUUAGCGUAGAUCAGGAUUUGAUGAAAAAAACAUAAUUAGUGGAUUUCACGGUUGACAGGGAAUUAUUUCAACAGGAAAAUACUUUUUUAUCUGGAGAAAUGUUACAUGCGUUGUAUUCUGGCCAGUAGAUUACAGUCCUUUAAUGUACAGAUGCAUUUAGGUUACUGUUGUGUAUAUAUUGUUCUUCCUUAUUAUUUGAAAAUAUAUGUUAACUAUUAUAGGUUGCUAUUUUUCUAAGCACAAAAUAUUACUGUAUGAUUAAACACUACAACAAUGGGAAUCUUUAAGUGUUCAGUUUUACUUCGUUUUUUUACGAAAUGUGGAAUUUUAGUAACUGCCUGUAAAUAGUGACCUAUAAUUAAAAACCUUAAAUCAC